GGUGGGCUCCAUCAUGGCGGCUCCAGAACCAGCCGGCUGUAAGAUCCGGAUCACCGAUAAAGGCCUGGAGCUGUUGGGGACCAUUUUACUGACACAUACUACGCUGUGGGGACCCGCUGCUCCUUGUGGGACCCCUGACCCAAAACGCUGUUUAUGGGUCAGGGGUCAGAUUUAGGACUAAGGUGUGAAUUGAGUUUGGGUUUGGGUUAGGAUAAGGUUUAGGUUUAGGCUGUAGAAAUGAAUGGGAGUCAAUGGAAAGACAAAGACAGCCACGUAAACGUGUGUGUGUGUGUGUGUGAGUUCUUUUUGCGUCUUCCCAGUAAAGCUUGAGACUCAGAGGUUUGUGGAAGAGGAGCUCAGUAACAUCAGCAUGCCGGAGAUGAAGGGGACCGAGGGCCGGUUCCAGUACACCAUCACAGACGUGAAGAUCACAGAACUGAACCUGAGCCAUGCGGACCUGCGGUUCCUCCCAGACGUCGGUCUGCUGUUCGACGUUCAGAACUCGUCCAUCGCGCUGAGCUUCCAGCGCCGGAUCCUCUACUGGUUCUUCUACGACACGGGGAACAUCAACGCGUCGGCCGACGGCGUCAACAUCAACACGGCUGUGAACCUGAUCCGAGACGACGUAGGGCGGCUGAAGAUCAACAACAUCAGCUGUGACGCCAAGAUCAAGAAAAUGAGAGCAGAGUUCAGCGGGACGCUUGGGAAAAUUUAUGACUUCCUGGCCCGAUUUCUGACCACCGGGAUGCGAUUCUUCCUCAACCAACAGAUCUGCCCGGCGCUGAACCACGCUGCUCUGGUUCACGUGAACGCCAUGUUGGAGACGAUCCCGGUGCGGAGCGAAGUGGAUCACUACAUCGGGAUCGACUACUCUCUGAUCAGCGAUCCCGUGGUGACGUCGCGGAGCCUCGACAUGAACUUCAGGGGGAUGUUCUUUGACCUGUCCAACCAGAACCAGCCGCUGGUGAACUACGCGGUGGAGCCGGUCAUCAGGGAGUACGACCGCAUGGUCUACCUCGCUCUGUCUGAGUUCUUCUUCGACAGCGGGAUGUUCGCCUACUACUCUGCUGGGAUCUUCCAAAUGCACAUCGUCAACGAGAAGAUGCCCAAAGAUCUGGAGAUGUUGCUGAGGACGACGUAUUUUGGAACCAUCAUGAUGAUGAACCCAGCUCUGGUGGAUGCACCACUGUCCCUGCAGCUUGCUGUCAACUCGCCCCCAAAAACCUCCAUCAAAACGUCCGGGGCCACCGUUGUCAUGACAGCCAUCGUCAAGGUGAUGGUUCUGCCACCAGGCCAAUCUCCGGUCCAGCUCAGCAGUAUGACCAUGGAAGCUAAGUUUAAUGCAAAAGUUUCCAUGAGAGGAAAACGUCUGGCUGUGCAUGCUGAUCUACGCAGGUUUAAGAUCUUUUCCAACCAAUCAGCUCUGGAGUCUCUGGCUCUGAUUCCUCUGCAGGCUCCUCUGAAGACCAUGCUGCAGAUGUCCGUGGUUCCUCUCAUCAACAACUGGACCAAGAGGGGAGUCCGGAUCCCACUGGCUGAUGGGAUGGAUUUCAUCGAGGAGGUGGUGGAGUAUCACAAUGGUUUCAUCGUGAUCGGAGCCAACCUUCACUUCAGCAAAGGCCUGAGGGAAAUGAUGGCAGGAAGCAGCGACAUCCAGCCCACCGCCAGCACCAGCAACACCACCAGCACCGCUGUCUAAGAAGAACUGGACCUGGCAGCCAGAACAUUAUGACCGCCUGCUCACCGUUUUACUCCCGAAACACCUCCGGGCCGCCACUAGAGGGCACCACAGAGCCGAGGGUAGCUAAGCAUUGGUACUGGUUCUGCUGGUUCUGUGUAAGAAUGUGAGGGAGCAUGAUUAGCUCUGUUAGAGUGUGUGUGUGUGUGUGUGUGUGUGUGUGUGUGUGUGUGUGUGUGUGUGUGUGUGUGUGUGUGUGUGUGUGUGUGUGUGUGUGUGUGUGUGUGUGAACCACCAGAGGAGGUUCAACACAGACUGGACCGUGGAACCAAACCUUAGAUGCAGAGACGUCCAAUCUGAGGGACUGAAACUGUUGGUGGUCAUAAUCUUCUGCUGAUCUGAUAUAAAUAGAUGAUGUAAAUAUCGACAGACUGAGGAAAGUGUGUCGCAGCAGCUGCAGAUUCAACAAGUUUUACUGAUACAAACAUAAAAACCUGCUUUCUGACA